GGCACUUUGUAUAAACUUUUUAUCCGUUAUUGUUGAAGUAAUUCCACAAAAAUGGAAGACAAAGCAAAUUCUGGCAGUACUGCAGUCGAAGCUGCUGAAAAUCCAACGGCUCCGGCGAAGAAACCAUCAAAGAGCAAAUCGAAGGCACAACGUGAGAAGGCAUCUCAUCCUCCAACCUCUGAGAUGGUUAACGCUGCUAUCAAGGAGUUAAAGGAUCGCAAAGGAUCGUCUUUGCAGGCGAUAAAAAAAUAUAUCGCCUCCACUUAUAAAGUCGAUGGGGAAAAAUUUGCCCCGUUCAUCAAAAGAUAUUUGAAAUCCGCCGUGACAUCUGGCACUGUGGUUCAAACAAAAGGCAAAGGAGCAUCUGGAUCUUUUAAGCUUUCUACCGGAAAGAAUUCUGAGAGUUCGAAGACCAAGAAAGUUCCGCAUCCAACAAAGAAAUCUGUACCGAAAAAGACACAGUGGGUCGAAAAAAAGACUGUUUCUAAGAAAACUGCUCCCGCUAAGAAGCCAGCAACACCAAAGAAAGCUGCUGUCGAAAAGAAACCAGCACCAGCAAAAAAGAGCGCAUCGAAGGUAGCUGCAGCAAAACCUAAAGCUGCUUCUGAGGCCAAAAGCAUGUCGAAAGCUAAAAAGACUGCUAAGGCACCAGCAGCUAAAACCAGGACUCCUAAACCGAAGAAAGCUGCGGCACCAAAAACAGUCAAGUCACCAGCAAAAAAAUAAUUAUUUUUAAAUACUAUCCACUACAUCCAAAUGGCCCUUUUCAGGGCCACUAAAUCUUUUCAUACGAGGAACAAUCUCUAUUUUUUAUUUAUUACGAACAAAUUAAUUAUCACGAACUAUUUUAUACGAGAGUAACUUACUUCAGUUGGAUUUAGUUUUAAUUUGAUUAACUUAUUUAUUUGAAUAUGAUAAAGACACAUCUAAUUGAAUGUGUUGAUUAUAAUAUAGUUUUGGAAAAAUAUUGUGUAUAUACAUAAAUUUUAUUUUGCAUUGCAUGUUUAUAAGAUAUAUAUUUCAAGUUACAUUUAGAGUUUUAUAUAGAACUAGAAAAAAGUGGUGAAUUUUAAACUACAAUGUUUCUAGCCAUGCUGUACAUUGGAGAUAGUGCUAGGGAAUCUAACGGAGGAGUGCUGCACAACUGCUCCCCUACCUUAAGCUAUCGACCGAUUCCCGCCAAAAUAGCAGAUGUUGCAUGGUUCACAGUACA